AUGGCCAUGGUCGGGCACGAGAGCGAGAACGAAGCGUUGCUCGCUGAGGUCGAGCGCGCGGAUGUGAACGAGAAGGGCUUCGUACCUGAUGAGCUGAGAACCCAGAUUUUCCGGAAAUUGAGAGCCAGACAAGAGAACCGAACCUGCUUCGAUUGUCCCGCGAGAAAUCCAACGUGGAUUUCACUUAGUCAUGGGUAAGGCAAAUUUUAGAUGGAAAAUCACAUGGUAGUAACAACAUCGCUAUCAACGACAGUAAGUUUUAGGAAUAAAGUUCAUGAAGCAGCGAACUCCUAGUUUCGAGCAUCUCUUUUUCUCUCUCUACAACGAACUCCGACAACCCAAAAAGGUGCUAUGUGUGCCUGGUUUGCAGUGGUGAGCACAGGCGGAUGGGUGUGCAUAUCAGUUUCGUCCGCAGUGUGGAACUAGACUCAUUUAACAAAGAGCAGUUAGUCCAGAUGAUAGUUGGCGGGAAUAGCAAGGCACGUGCUUAUUUGAAAUCCAUCGGCAUUGAAGGCAAGAGGAAAGAUACCGACUCCGCGGGUGGGAGGAAGGUAGUUGCUUUUUGUUUUAAGUUUCCAGGUCUUCAGUCUUGUAAACGAAUCCUACAGUGCAAAAAGGUGAAAAUCAAUGACCUAAAAAUCUACAGUGCGACUACGGUGACAAGAGUUGUCUCAAGUAUCGUCAGGAGCUCGAGAAAAACACGCACGCACAGUGUAGAGCGUUAGGGAUCCACGUCUCCGGUGGAUCAGCAGCUAGUAGUGCCGCAGCAGGAGCCUCUUCCUCGAGUAGACAACCCGCAUCAGACCCCUUUGCCAAUGGAGGUGGAAACUCAAUGCCGUUUGCUGCUGCUCCUGGCUCUGGUGAUGCCUUUGGCGCACAAGCUGGAGUGUAUCAGAAGUUAGAAGUAGGAACAAACGGAGGUGGAAGUAGUAAUGGCGCAGCUGGAGGAAUGGUUAGUAAUGGAACAACAUCAACAUCACAUGCUGCGGAAGACCUAGCGAGCGAGCUGUUCAAAGAUUUUAAAAGCUUCCAAAACCCAACACCAGUAGCUGCUCCAGCACCAACUAGUGACAUCAUGUCAAACGGUCGGGGAGGAGCAAUUUUUGGUGGUGGCUCAGCGUCACCGAACCGGCCUCAUAGUAACAGUAAUGAUGGCCCAAUCUUUGGCGCUGGUUUUUCCUCGGGGCCAUCCUCAACAUCAACGCACUUCGCCUCUAGUAGUGGGAAUGUGCCUAAAGCAGCGAAGGCGACAGAGCUCGUUGAUGACUUCGAUUUCGACUUCUUUGAGCAGGUGUCAACAUUUUCAAUAUGACGUAGUUUUUUAGGUUUCUUGAUAACCAUCUCAAUCGUCGGAACAUUUUUUGGUAUCAGAUUUCCCCGAAAGAAAUCGAAAGACAUCGUCCCUUGAAAAAUCUGUCUUCUCGUCAUGCCAAACAGGAGGCCACCCGUGUUGUCGAACCUGUCGCUACUUCAUCCCGACCUGUCGAAGGAUCUUAUGGCCUACCGGAUAACUCUCCAGCAGAGCAGUCGGCGCCAUCGCUAACAGCUCCUAUACCUGGCAGUGCUGAGCAACAUAACACACCGAUUUUUGGCUUCGGUCCUCCACCAACUAGUUCAGGUUCUGGAUUUGGGUCCCAGCCAUCUUCUUUUACGCAGCCAGCGGCUUCAAUCAAUAACAAUCUGCAAGCAAAAAAGGCGUUUGGGUAUAACUUUUAGGGUCUAUUAACUUUUAGGGCUUUUACGACUUGUAGGAUUUCGACUUGUACUAGGAUGUAACAAUUCGACUUUCUAAAUGAAACAGGACGUUUUCAAAAAGCAACAUCAAGUUGAUUUAGAUUUUUCCAUCACAUCAGAUCUGCUGACGUUUUCGCCAAUGCCAGUGCCAAUUCCGGUCCAGCUUUAGACCCGAAUUUGCGAGGUAAAACCGCCUUUGGAUCAGAUGCCUUGUUUGGGCGUCAGGACAGCGGUUCGAGCGAUGGCGGCGGCCAGGCGAAUCAGCUCUACAAUAAAGCAGUAGAGAAAGGGCACGAGUAUGCCCGUCAGGGAGCGGAGAAAUUGCGCGGUGUUUUGGAUAACUACCUGAAGCGGUAGGUCGCGGUGAUGGAGCACAACGAUUUUAGAUUUUUUGGACAUUUCAUAGCACCUUUGUGACGAUCCCAAAGAGGAUCGCUUCUCUGUCGCAAAGUAGACGAGGAACUAUAACUAUUGAUUUUUUGAAAGCCCUAGGGCUUGGGAGGGUGGUUCUCUGCCCUAAACACAUUUUAUCCUAACAAUGAACUCAGAAUUAAUCUGAACUUGUACCGAAAAAAUGAAAAUGUAAGGUAGAUCUGACAACUUUCAACAUCGUAAUUGUAUCUAAUCUUUUCGUCUGAGUAAAUCUCCGUCUAUCAGUAGACUUUUGGUUUGGGUUUUAAUAAUUGUAUUCAUUGGAGGCAUGGAUCCAGCUCUCUUGUUUUCAUAUCCACGACACAAAUUGGAUCUAAAGAAGCUAAAACAGUCGAAUUCACCUUGAAUGGAACCACGAUUCUAAGAAAUAUGUCAGCCUUUUUGAUGAAACCAGAACAUCGUUGUGUCGUUUACCUCAGCCGCGAGGCGUGUUCCGGCAUUCACAGAAGUAGGAGAAAUUACAGACGAAGACUCAACUUCGCAGAUCAGGAUCAGUGACAGAACGCUCAAGACCACCCACUGUACCUUCUAAAGGAGAUCAAACCAGCGAUCCACACGUAGUCGUAGAUCCACGUAGUUGGUUUUGAAGAAGUUCCACAAAAGCACUCUCAACAGAAAAAUUUUGACG